AGCUUCACCUUUGCAAGAGAAGAGUCGUGACAAAAGGUGUUCCCAGUUUCCCUCUUUUCUCCGCGCCGCAAACAUAAAAACGGAAAACUUGUUUUGUACUGGUGGGGUUUGCUAACGUGAGCCUUUCCUACUGAUCUUUACUUUACUUGUUUCUUUUUCCCUCCAAAGAAUCAAUCCCUUCCUUCCACUCACAAGCCCUCCCUUUAUGUCACUAUAAAUCUCUCUUUCUUUUUGUGGUUAUUAUUGGGUGAAGCUUGGUGAUGGAUUUGGAGAUUCAGAAAUUUGAUAUAGGAAUAGGAGGCGAUUUAUCAGAUAUCACAAAAAAAAAAGUAUAGAUCAUUGAAGUAAGAGCACGAAUGUGCACCCAAUACCCAGAAAGUGGGCCAUGGCAUUCCUUGCCGCUCUUUGCCCCAAUCUUCCCACCACCUCUUCUUACCUUCGCACCUCCAAGUUAUGCUCCUUGAAGCUCAACAAAGAGGAUAAAAUAGCUUUUAUGAUAACAACAAAAAGUCGGGGUCAUUCCUUGAAGGUCAUCAGAUCAGUACUAAAUAACAGGAAUUCAAGGAUUAAUGACAAUGGGGUUACAGAACCUGCAAAGAUUCUUCUUGAGAGAUUGUUUGCACAGACGCAGAAAUUGGAAGAGCAGAUGAGCAGAGAUUCUCAACUCCCUGAAGAUGUUCAGCUGGUGCUUAACCUUGAGGUCCUGGAGUCUGAUCUUCAUGCUGCAUUGGCAGCCUUACAGAAAAAGGAAGAAGAUCUACAAGAUGCAGAAAGGAUAGUCUUCUUGGAACACAGUGAAUUAAAACGUGCAAAGGAGGAGUUGGAGCAACGUGAAGAAGAAAUUGCCGCUGCUUGCUCUAAUCAUGAACAAUUGGAAGAGGAGCUGAAGCAAGCUAAUCUUAAUUUAGCUUCUCAAGCCGGUCAGAUAGAAGAUCUUAAGCUUCAACUCAAGGAGAAAGACCAGGAUAUUGCUGCUGCCCAAUCUGCACUAUCUUUGAAAGAAGAGGAAAUGAAUAAAAUGAGAAAUGAACUGGUGAAGAAGAGUGAAGAAGCUGCCAAGACAGAUUCUGAUCUCAAAUCUAAAGCUCGUCUCUUAAAUGAAGCCAAUAAAGUCAUGCGGAAACAAGAAGAUGAGCUUCAAGGACUCCGGAAAGCUAUUCGGGAUAAAGAAGAAGAACUAGAAUUUUCUCUGACCUCGAGGAAACUUGAAGAGGAGAAAUUAAAAGUUGCAGAGGCCAAUUUGGAGAAUCGGACGAUGGAGUGGUUAUUAGCACAGGAAGAACUGAGGAAACUGUCAGAAGAAGCUUCUAAACAUGCAGGGGAAACUAAUGAAACUCUUGAGGAUUUCAGAAGAUUAAAGAAACUUCUUGCCGACGUGAGGUCCGAGUUGGUUUCUUCUCAGAAAUCUCUGGCAUCUUCUCGGCAGAAAAUGGAAGAACAAGAGGUGCAGUUGGAAAAGCAACUAGCAGAGCUGGAAGAACAGAAGAGAAGCAUUGUGUCUUACAUGGCGAGUUUGGAAGAUGCUCAUAUAGAAGUAGAGAGCGAGAGAGUAAAGCUUAGGGUUGCAGAGGCUCGAAACAAGGAGCUUGAACAGGACUUAGCCAUGGAGAAGGAGCUAAUGGAAGAGUUGCAAGAGGAAUUGAAGAAAGAGAGAUCUUCUCUGCAGCAGGCAACCCAGGAGAUGUCAUUUCUCCAGGAAGAGCUUGAGCAGAAAAACACUGAGUUUGAAGAGAUGCAUAAUAUUCUUCAGGUGAAAGAGUCAGAGUCUGUGGAUGCUAAGCUAGAAAUCCAGCAUUUGAAAUCUGAGCAGACCACUCUUCAGCUUAUCUUGGAGGAGAAAGACUUGGAACUCCUUAAUGCGAGGAAGAAGUUGGAGGAACUAAACCAGGAAAUUGGAGAGCUAAAGAUGCUUAUGAACAAUAGAGAGGAUCAGCUUAUCCAGGCCACAACUAUGCUGAAGGAGAAAGACAAACAUGUUCAGAUGAUGCAAGACGAUUUAUAUGAUGCAAAGCUAAAAUUUUCUGAAGCUGAAACUGUGGUAGAACGGAUUGUAGAGCUCACAAAUAAAUUGGUCAUGUCCACUAAGGUUGAGGACUCUGAUGUGAUGAGAGCAUUUGAUGACAUGGGUGACGAAUUUCUCCAGCAACUAUUUGGGAAAAAUAAGGAUGAUUUUAGCAUGCAUAAAAAACAACUUGAAACUGAGCUCAAGUUGACCACAGAAAGCUUAAGAAUGAAAGAAAAGGAAAUACUAGGUGUACAGAGGGCUCUAACAAUCAAAGACGAAGAGCUCAAAGCUGUUCUUGGGAGAUUAGGAGCAAGGGAGGAAGAACUGAAAAAGUUAAAAGAAGAAAUGAAAGAAGAAGAUGCUAAUGAUCUAAGGAAGCUUUACGCUUUGGCACAAGAGAGAAUUGGUGAUAGAAGUAUUGGGGACUUGGCAAUUGAGAAGCUUCAACUUGAGGCAGCUCAAUUGGAAGUUGAAGCUGCCACUUGUGCUCUUCACAAACUUGCAGAUAUGAGUCGAGUACUUUUAAAUAUGGUUAGUCUAAGCAUUGACACUGAUAGUGAUAUAGGAGUCUUCCCAGAAAAUGGCUGUGAUACUAGGAUAGGUGUUGCUGAGCAAAGUGAAUGUCCAACUGAGGUUUCGUUGGAAGUCACAAGGCUUUCAGCUUUGACUAAACAGCUUGUGCAAGAGGCUGGUAUUGUUGAUGCAGAAUAGACUGAUGUAUAUUCUCUGUCAUCAUCUUUUUUGUUUAACUUUUUAGUUUAUUUGUUUAUGUACAGUCUGUUUACGUUUUUAAGAUGCAAUUAUACUC